GCGCCGCUGGAUUGCGCAGUCAUGCUCACCGCCACGGCAGAGGUGCCGACUACCGCGGACGCUCCCGGAUCUGCGGAGCCGCCGUGGGCCUGGAGAGACGCCCCGAUCGCCACGUUGGUACGGAGGAUCCAGCAGCUGCAGAAUGAACGCGCGCAGGCCUUCCGCCGCCUGGACCAAGCUCACCGCCAGUACCUGCUCAGUGGCCAGCACCACGACUUCCCGCGGUACCGGACUGUCGUGCACGAGGUGACCCAGGUCUUCGCCGCCGCCUCGCGGGAGGUGCUGGCGGUGGAGGCGGAACUAGCGGGGCCUCGCAAGCAGCUGAUGCUCGCUCGUCACGUGCGCAGCCUGCAGGAGCUGGAACAGACGCGCCUGGCCACAGUGGCGCUGCUGCAGGUGAUGGGGACGCCAGGAGUGUCAGAACAGGAGGACCCUGAAAAGCUGCGCCAGCUGAAAAUCAAGGUAAUUAAAACCAUGGAGGCGAUCAGCGAGGUUCUGCAGGAACUCAGGUUUGAUGCCGAAUCUGCAGAGUGAGGGCGGCUCCCAAGGGACCAGAGGAAGAUGGGAAAAGAGGCCCAUGGCGUCCAGCCCAGGCCUGACCGCCAGCUGGCUGAGGUCAUGCCCCGCCGGGCUGCCCUCCAAUGCGCCUCACAAAAUAAAGAAUCCUCCCUCUGCGGCUUUCC